AUGCUUGGAGUCCCAGCAUGCUUUAUCUUUCUCCUCUGCCAGCUCACAGGGCCAGCAGCCUCUGGAAUCCCAAAGAAGCUGGUUGGUGCCAUUGGUGGGUCUGUGAUUUUCCCUCUGAAUCUCUCAGUAAAUCUAGUUGACAGCAUUAUCUGGGUCUUCAAUUCAACCACUCUCGUCACAAUACAGCCAAAAACGGCAGACAAAAACGCUCUUAUCAUAGUGACCCAAAAGCGUAACAUGGAAAGAGUGAAUUUCCCACAUGAAGGCUACUCCCUGAAGCUCAGCAGACUAAAGAAGAAUGACUCAGGUGUCUACCGUGUGGAGAUACACAACUCAACCCUCCAGGAUCCCCUCACCCAGGAGUAUGAGCUGCAUGUCUAUGAGUACCUGUCAAAGCCCAAAGUCAUCAUAGGUCUGCAGGAGAAUAAGAAUGGCACCUGUGUAACCAAUCUCACAUGUUCCAUGGAACAUGGAGAAGAGGAUGUAACUUACAGCUGGAAGUCUCUGGACCAGGCAACCAAUGAAUCCCACAGGGGCUCCAUCCUCCCCAUAUCCUGGAGGUGGGAGAAAAGUGACAUGACCUUCAUCUGCAUGGCCAGUAACCCCAUCAGCAGCAACUCCUCAAACCCUAUCUUUGCCCAGAAUCUCUGUCAAGGUGCUGCUGGGGGCCAGACUCCCUAUGUGAUCCUCUACGUCCUGUUGUCAUUCUUCCUGCUCUGUUCCCUCAUGCUGGUGUUAAUUAUUUUGAUCAUACAAAGAGAAAGGAAAAAAGUUUCAGAGAUCAUUGAAGAGAAGAAGGAACUGGACACUCAUCAGGAAACUCUUCACUUCCCUCCCAUUUCUGAAGAGAUGCCCGAGUAUGAUACAAUCUCUAAUUUUAAUAGCGUUAUUCCAGAGGAAAACCCAGCAAGUACCGUCUAUUCCACUGUGCACAUACCCCCAAAGGUAACAGAACCCCACUCCCUGCCCAUGUCGUCAGAUACACCAAGGUCAUCUACCUAUAACAAUGUCAUCUAA